UUAUUAUCAUUAUUAUUAUUAUUAUAAUUCCUGUAAGUAUCAAAGAUUCGGUGCUAAUUUCCAAGUAUACUGACCAGAAGAAACAAUGAAAUUAAAACAAGUAGCAACUAAACAUCCAAACAUUCAACAUGACAAUGGAAAACGAAAACAAAACGAAACAGAGCCAGUGACUGUACCAGGUACCUGGCUCCACAGGCAGUAAAGCAAUGCUGUUGUACUUACUGUACUAAUUCCUCUUUAGUUACUUUUAGUUAAUUUUGCAACUUUUUAAGGUUAGGUCGACUUCAAGGUUAAUGUUUUAGUGCAAAGAACAUCCUCAUAGUUUGAAGACAGAGGCUAAUUUAAAUAAUAUUUAUUGUGUAAACUUAUACCUGUAUACUUUGAUUGAGACAUAAUUGAGAUGCUUAAAAACCAAUACAGUGAUGUGUUUUUAUGAGCUGGUGCUCUAUUAGAGAAGCAAAGAAGCAAACUGAUUGUCUUCAGUAGAAAAUGGUUUUGUUCUCUAGAACGCCAAGCGUAAAGUAAAGGAAGUGUAGAACUGUUUUGUUUUCAUUUUGACAUCGUUUCAAGCAUUUGUGAGUUAACAUUGUACAAGUAAAGAGAUCCAUUAUCAAUGUAGUGCACUACAAACUGAAACGAUUCAAUGCAAAGUGCAAUGUUCUAGAUUGUGCAUCAUUGAUCAUCUGUGCUGAUGUUUUUGCCUUUGACCAGUAAAUUUAAAAACUAAUUUUAGAUUGUAUCUCAACAUUCUCAGGAUUGUUUACCAGAUUUUGUCACCAUUUUCUGAAAAUAAUAUCCAUUUGUAUUGUUUGUCCUGAAAUAGCAUAGUAGAACCUCUGUUUUAUCAUGGGUAAUGUGUGAAAAAGCCCAGAGGGCUUAUGACUGCUGAAGUUUAAAGUUCCUCUGGUCUUAAAGAACACUGUGCCAAGGGUCACAGGCUAAUGAACUAAGUUAGGUUUCAGGUUUUUUUUUUCCUCUGGAACAAACUCCAGUUAUUAAUAUCACAUGCAGUGUCACAUGCUGAAUCUGACUUUAUCAGUGCACAUGUGUGCAUAAACCAUGGCUUUACAACUCUGCAUGCCUAUGAGCAUUUGCACAAUAUUACUUUGAAAAGAGCCUAAAGGAAGAGCAAAGGCUUUUGUGAGAAUGUAAUGUGAUAAAAGAAGCUACACCGUCAGUAGCUGAGAAAGUCAUACAUUCAUAUACAAGAUCUGUCAUACUUAUAAAGAAAUAGCCACAAUUCAAUGCUAAAAUGAAAUGCAAGCUUUUAAAAGUAUUCUAUUACCAAAAGAAAUGAAAAACAAAAACAAGUGAGAGAUACUAGAAUGUUUUAAAUUAUAAUUAAAUAAUAACUGUUUCAAAAACAAAUUUUGAAUGAGGCUUAUCAGUGAUAUCUGCUGCUAGAAGGGCUCUUUUUGUAUAAACUGAAGUUGCUCUUCAUAUAUAGGGGUUUGUUUGCUGUUACUUUGUUGCCAGCAGUGAUGAACAUCCUCUCUGCUGCAGCUCUACUACGAGGGAUCCACAGACAGUGUUUGGCUUAGAGAUGUAAUGAGCCGAUGCUAAAGAAGAACAGUGUGGAUAGAAUAAAUAAAGAACACAGUAAAAAAUGAAUGCGGCCUUUGCCGUAAUUCUGGCUUUAAUGUCUUGCUCAACACAAAUACAUUUUGUUCUAAAAGAAAUGGAAAUGACUUAACAUUUUGUUUGAAGCCACAAUGUUUGCUCAAGGUUUGUCAGUCUUCUCUGCAGACAUUACUGUUUUACUGUCUGUAUGUUUACACGCUGAGAUCAGCAUAAUAUUUGUUACUAUUUGAACAUGUUAGAAUCUUUUAUUCAGAUGGUUUGUUGAUCACUGAGGUCACCAGAGGCUUGUUUUUUCCACAGUGAUGCUCUGCAGGCCUUUAGUGCAGUUGUCUCCAGGUCAUGUCAGGUUUUUUUCAUGCUACAUUAAUGCUUUGCUUUCAGCAAGUGAAGGACGUGACAAAUUGUCUUAAGGCAGAUGUGAGCAUGCCAGGGAUUAUAGGUGGAGAGUGCUGAAAAGUAUAGCUGAUUGUUGUACAAGACGUCUGUUUUCAGUUGUGACAUAUUCAUAUUUUCUCCCUAGUGGCGAGUAAGUAUUUUUGUGUUGUUUCAAGGAUUUUGAAAAUUGUAAUCUUCAAAUAAUCUUUAAAGUAGACGUGUUAGAUGUUCUGCUCCAUUUUCUGUUCAGUUUAACUUGUAGGAGUCUGGCUGUUUAUUUGCUAAAUGCUCUAUUAUCAUGUUAAACAGUUACUAGAUACUGUGCUGGUUGUUGCUGGACAGAUAGCGUAUGUUGUUCUUCUAACACCUGCAACUUGAACUAUGCUCAGCUGUCGGUCUUUGGAAGGUUUAUCCACGAAUGUUUUCCUCUACUUAACCUUGAUGACUAUGAAAGAACACCUUUCUUUGUGGGACAGGAUAAUGGUCAGUGAGACCUUUUUAUGAGCAUCAGCUAACUUGCCAAGUCCUACAGGCCUGUGCUAAGUGGCUCAACGGUGACUGUGCAGUUGGGAAUUAACUAAUAACCGUAGCCACUUAUCUCUGGCAACAAUAUUCAGCAGUCACCAGAGGAUUUUCAAACCGUUCUCAUUUUCUGCUCGUUUCAACAGCUUCUCAUUAUUAAGGUUGAUUAUUUUCUAACGUAGCCUAACGUUUCUGGGACAGUAACCAAAUCCGCCUUUAAUCCGCUACUAUAGCAUGAGAGCCUUGUCUUGUUUCAUUGCUGCCUGCUUGUAUGGGAGACAGAGGAAUCUUGUGCGUCCAGAUUCCUCACUCGCUGUCUGUAAACAGGCGACGGGCGAUGAGCUCAAUUGACCUAGAUGUUUUUCACAUUCAUUCGCUUGACACCCUGCGACGUCGCUUUUUCAGCAACACAAAUGCAUUUUGUGGGGUCACACUCGAAAAAUAAAGACCACACAGGCUGCAAACCUUUUCCGUAUGAAGGCUUGUUUAUGAAAUACCAAGCCCCUUCAUGUAGUUGGCUAUAUUUAUUUAACUCGGGCCCAAGACCCAAACUAGAUGUUAUCUGUAUCGAGUUGCAAAAAGGGCCCAUCCUGCCAAGUGGAGCGCAUACGGUGCAGAAAACAGCUGAAGUUAUCAGAGACUGAGAGGAGGAACAGAACAUCAUGUUCAAUGUGUUUAUUACAGAGGGGUUUAAAAAAAAGCUAUGUUGAUAAAAUCAAAACAGCUGAUGAGAAAUGAAAAAUUCACCAGUUUGGAGGUUGUGGCAGCGUUUAGCGUCAGCCGUUGGGCCUUUGCCCAACGUGUGUGUCAUUUGUGACAGGUUUACAGCUCUGUGUGUGACUCUGUGCUGGCCGUCGUCUUCCUGCCUCAACGUUCUGCACCUUCGCAGCACCGCGGACACAUUAUCAUUUAGCUAGAGCUGAGCUAAGAGCUCACUCUCCUCCGCUGCUUGGAAAUUUCCGUGGAGCCUUUCUUGCACACUGUUUUUGCCUGGAGUGGGGAGAGGGAGUGUGUUUUUUUUUGUGGGGGUGUGUAGGGUGGGAAGAGAGAGAGAGAGAGAGACUACAAGUAAGCUGGAGAGCCAUUUCAAGCUUGCCUUUCAUUGGAUAAUGACCCUGAAGGUCGCCUCGGAGCCUGGAACAUCAUGCCUCUGGGUCUUGGACCUCCACUGAGCUUACAGCAUUGUGAAGGUGCUAACAACCAGACGUACAUCUGUGAGUCCGGACACUGCUGCGGAGAGUCGCAGUGCUGCAGUUACUACUAUGAACACUGGUGGUUUUGGUUGGUGUGGGCCAUCAUCUUCAUAUUGAGCUGCUGCUGCGUGUGCCACCACCGCCGCACCAAACAUCGGCUGCAGCAGCAGCAAAGGCAGCAUGAAAUCAACCUUAUAGCCUACCGUGAAGCACACAACUACCCCUCUGUGCCCUUCUUCUUCAGGUUUUUGCCAAACUACCUCCUGCCUGAUUAUGAAGAGGUGGUGAACCGGCCACCGACUCCGCCCCCCCCCUACAGUGCCUUACACACAGACCCGACCUCGGUGGCUGCUAGUCCACUGGCUUCUGAGCAGCAGGAGGGACACGGUCCAGCCCUCCAGGACACGCCAGCCCCCGCUGCCUCUGACGCUCUGUGCUGCAGAUCCAGCACUGAAGAGCAACAACCUGCUACUUUAGGCUUUCGGCCAAAGCCCGACAACAAGCCCACCCAGACACCGCAGGAUUCAGGCACGACACUGCUGUCGGGGGGACUCAGUCGAGAAGCACUAGACAACCAGGACAAAAGAAGCGACGACGAAUCGUGCAAGGAUCCCCUGCUGAAAGACCUGUCAGAUACCUGCAUCGAGGACAAAGAUCGACUCCCCACUGGCAGGAGGAGGAGAUUUACGGGGGAUUCUGGGAUUGAGGUGUGCGUGUGCAGCACGCACGGGAGUGGUGUCAGCGGAGCAGGAGGAACAGGCCAGGAUAGUAAAGAGUUGAGGGAGAUGGAGAGCCUGCUUGGGUGCGAAGACGACACUGACGAGGUAGGCGACUUCUGCGACAGCUGUGUUCAUCGAGCCUCCCUCAGCAUGGAGGAGGAGCAGGUGCUGGGCGGGCUGGAAAGGCGGGCCGCGCGUGGACCCUCGGCCGCUGCUCCGCCGGCUCACCAGACAGGCAACGGCUCGCCUCAUCCUCCCGUGUGCCUCCUCCUCCACACCAUUAACGAGCAGGAAGGGCCCCAUCACGGCGCCAGCACUGAGCCGCAAGGCUGAAAGCUAACGCGCCUUCAUCACAGAGGAGCGAAGAGCACUGGGCAGAGACAUGGAGAAAAUGCUGUGGUAUCUGAGCAUGUAUUUUAUCUGAGUAGAUUUUUCAUGUUUGCAUCUUAGAUAAAACAUCUGCGGGAGAGCCAGAGGUUGAAACAGCUCAUUCCCAGGCAGCAACGGUGGUCUAUGUUUUCUGGGGUACAUUUGGGCAAUACAAAAUCCAUAACAGGACGCACACAGUUGUGCUUGUUGUAUCAGUAACACAGUCAAACUUGACUUCAUAGCUGAAGCUGUGAUGUCACGACUGGCUGUUCACUGCCUAGUAUGAAUGCAGUGCUCCUCAGUGGGUGCUUGCAACAAUUCUGCAGAAACGGACACACACACAGACGCAGCAGGAUCAUGGGUGGAUGAGUGCAGUGAAUUAUGCCAGUGUGUGUUUAUGCAAGCUGAUACUGUACAGGGACGCCAGAACAAGACUGCGUGGGACGUCCCGUUAGACCCAUGCCUAUAAAGUGCUUACUUAGCGAUUUGUUACCCACUGUUUAGUCUGUUUAUGUUGCUCUCUAUCUGCCCCACUAGUGAUAGAGAGCGAUAGCAUAAAAGUGCAUUAACGAAUCUUCAUGUCACCAGUUCCUAUUUUGCACAUAAGCUAAAAGGUUUUAUCACAAGAUGCCUUUUUUUCAAUCCAGUCAACAAUUGUAGUGCACAGUUUCUUUCUUCUUUCAACAUCUGUAAGAAAUGGACCCCAGCUCAUUGGUAUGGUCUUCAGCUGAUCCACUUUGUGUGUGUGUGUUUCAUAAACUUUUAUAAACUGAAUGUUUUUAAUGAGUGCCUACACCCCUUGAAAUAAUACCUGAUUUUACUGGACACAGAAGAGCUGUAGUGAGACUUUCAGAAAACAGGUACCAAAUUCAAGUAGGUUCUAAGAGAUUAUAGCGUAGAAGUGGGCAACGUCACGCGUCACUUUCAUGUCCGUUACAACACUAGGUUUCCACUGUCACCAGCUGUGCACUAACAUUUGGACAUUUUACGUAGAGUUGUGAGUAUAAGUUUUUUGGUAUUCAUGUGUCCUGACUGUUUUCCCAAAUGAUAAGCCAAUGCUUCUUGUAGUGAAGAAAAUGUGCAGUGGCUCUGAAUCAGAGGAGAGCUUUUACUCGACUUUGAAAAAGAUGAUUGAUGACCUACAAGUGCCAGUUGUAAGGCAAAUAAUAGGGGUUUAGGUAUGGUUUUGCACAACAGCAUAUUUAAGAGGUGAGAAGACCGUUCAUUAGGAUGACAUUGUUGGUGUGUUCCAAAAUAAAAGCCACAAAGAAAAGUAUGGAACUAAUCUAAUCAGUCAAGUUCUUUUGUGACAUGAACGUUUUGUAUUGACUGUAAAGCGAUUGCCUGGAACUCUGUACAGCAUAGCUGACUUUUUUGUUAAUGUAAUUGUGGUACAUGUAGAUCAAAGAUUAGCUAUUUUUCACAUUUGCUAAAUGAUUAACAAAUUAUUUUAGCUGAAACGUGUUAAAACCACUUUAUAAUUGCAAAUCGAGUACAAUAUUCUGUAACAUAUUUAUGAACCAAAUAGUUACUUUCAUUUUUAUAAAAUCAUUAGCCUUAAUAUUACAGACAGAUUUUUUUGUCAUAUGGGUAUUAUUGUUAUUUUGAUGUUGAAACUUAACACAGAUGCCCCAAACUUGUGUAAGGAGUACGUUUUACUAACAACUCGGUAAUUGUGUGUGUUUCGUUUAGUUAUUUUUUUUAGAUUUGCCAAAGAGACUUUUUCUUUUCUAAGCAGCGCGUGUAAGGUGGUUUUGCACAUAUUCUUUGAAUGUUCUGAUCAUAAGCCAUUUAUUACAACUACCAACAUGGACAUGUGUUUAAUAAAAAAGACUCUUUAAAUUCAA